AUGGAGGACAAGCAAAAACCUCACGAAGACGUCCUUACGCGACUCGUGCGCGACUUGGAAACGAAGACGACUUUGUGCUACGUCAAGGACUAUCCUGGAGUGGAGCUGGAGCAGCUAAAUAAUCACGCGAAGAAGCUUCAUCCUUUGGUGAACCCCGUUUUUGGCGAGCAGCCGGCGUUCUUCAUCGACGAAGGCCGCUUCUGUCCCUAUCGAAUGGUCGUGUAUGGCAAUAUGAAGGUGGCGGCCAAGAUCGCAGAACUCCUCGGAGAAUGGGCAAAGUGGUCUGGAGUAGGAGGCAGAGUGACAACCUCGCAAGGAGCGUUCAUUCUAGGGCAGCGUCUCGGAAAGCCCAACCCGAGAAGGAAGCUAACAAUACCCGGAAAUGAAACCCCGACUGUCUCCAACCGCCGCAAUCGUCAAUUAUCCUGCACUCGAAUCCGGUCUGGUCAAGCAAGAUCCAGCGAGGUCAAUCUCUCACGCCGCCUAAGCGAGCUGCCUGUGCGGCGUUUCGUGUCACCAGCAGCCCUGAUGAAGAUCAAGCUGAAGAGAGCCCUGAAGGUCCGUCAUUUGCAGCUCAAGCUCAAGAGGCUCAAGACAACGAAGCGGAGUGCGUAUGUCGACGUCGGUGACGUGAGGAAGAGUAUGGAUCGCGUCACUCUGGAGACGCUAGUCUUCCUGCACUGCAACCGUUCACUGUGGAGUGUGUACACUGUAGAAGAAGUUCGAGCUACAAUCCGCCGCAAUUCUGGCAAUUCUGGCAAUUAA